UCCAGGCUUUCCUUCUGCACGAACAAGCAUACAUGGAGCAGCCAUUUAUCCUCCCAGCAAUAUGCAAACGGCUUGACCAGGUUCGAUGAGAAGUUCAGCGAAAAAGUCUGUCUACAUAAGUACAUGUAAAGAGGAAGCCAUUGGAAGAGAUGAUGCUGAUGAACUCAAGUCGUUACUCACGGACACCGAGAAUCAUUGGAGGAUGAUGGAGGAUCAAGUGGCUGCAGAAACUUUUCUCAUUGCCUAUAAACAAGGAAGCUUUCAUGUUGCUGAAGGGUUGGCAAAACUGCGGCCUCAAAUAGCUAGCAUUAAAAGUGACGAGGAUGGUUACACAGCCAUGCAUCAUGUUUGCUGUGGAGGUGAUGGCAAGAUGAUGAUUAUUGGGGACUCUUAA